GUCGAAAUUGACGCAUGUGUGCCGCUCGUGUUGUGUUGGUGUUGUGUAGGCAAAUUUGAAGAUUUCUAAAAUAAACUGGAACUCUGGAGCCAAAUCGUACUUUGAACCGAUACAAAUAAUAUAUAGAGAUGGAUAAUAAACCACAACAACUCUGGGACGGUAAACGAGAAGCUCCGAAAGGACUACGACUUCCAAAUACACCGCCGAGUCGUCUACUCGAAGAAUCAAAAUCACCAGCGGCUACGCCAGGAAACGCGAAGAAGUCAUCAAAUUUGCCACCACAGAAACAAGACGUUAAAACGUCGAAAUCUAGACUGUCAGCAGACGCACCAGAGUUUUUCCCCUCAUACUAUCAAAGUCUGAGUACAGUUAACGCCACACCAGCAAAUGCCACACCAGCGAACUCCGCGAGCUCCAUACAGAAUAGACUAAAGAAACAUAAAGUAACAGACUCAAAUUCGGCUCAGCAAUCACUUACUGAUAGCGUUGAUGACUUUGUUGGAUCUCCUGAUGACAUUCGCCUGAAUCAUCUCAUCGACACUCUAACCAAAGACCCUGGCCAGUUUAGUGAUCUCUUAGACAUAUUUAUGGAUACUUUAUGCCCGUACUUCGGAGAUGUUUUAGUUCUUUCACGUGCAGCUCAACUUCUAGUCCAACAGGCGAUCAAUCAUCCAAGUUUUCGAUAUUCAGCGGCAAAACUGUGUUGUUUCAUUGAACAAUAUUGUCCAGAAUUUCGAGCUGAGCUUCACUUGACAUGUCAAAAAGAACUAAGUAAUAAUUUAAACAAAUCAGGCUUACUGCUAUUUGUGGCUGAAUUGUAUACUCAGCUUCAUCAUGAAAAUAUUUAUGGAAACUAUCUAAUUGACGCUUAUAAACACUUACUACAAAUUGGUGGAAAUGAUAAUGUGAAAUGUAUUUGUCAAGCACUGAAAUUAACAGGAUACUCUCUUGAGCUAUAUAAUAAAAAAGCAUUGGAUGAAGUUUUUACUAAAUUAAUUGAAGUGCAGCCAACUGUGACAGGAACUGCUGCAAGCCUAAUUAAUUCCGUCAUUAAUUUAAGGAGUUCACAGUGGGGUCACACUAGUCCAACAAAUACCAAUUCUAAUUCAGAAACGGAAAAUCCUUUUUGGAAUGAAGCCCCACCACAUACUGUUUUCUAUAACACUGAUGGUUCGAAAUUUACUUCAGAGGAAAAUGAGUUUCUUGCAGCAAAUAUAAACUCUACGGAUGAAUAUCUAACAGACGCGUCUGACCCUGAUGAGCUGUAUGAUCCUGAACCAGAAAUGGAUGAAGAGAUCCAAGCUGCUUUUAAAGAGUUUGUUAAGUUGAGUAAUCGAUAGUUUCGAAAUUUUCUUUAUUAAAAUUUAAUGUAACUUAUGUAUUUAAAAACGUAAGUUUAAAAAAGUUUAGCCCUCUGUAUAUAUAAAAAGAAAAAAAAGGACUAUGCUCGUAGAUCAUAAGAAUAAAGGAAAGCCUUAAUUAUAAAAACAUUAUUUUCAUUCCAGAGCUGACACAUUUCUUCCACAUGGACAAAGUGAAUUGAUUUUAAAUCACCAUGUAUGUACGAAGCUAUACGUCAGAAUGUCAUAAAAUUGUGACAAGCGUUUUUAUAAAUAAGGUUAUUAUUUUUUGAGAACUAAUAUUGGAAAUAUUUAUUCUCGAACAUUAUUGCAUAGAUCAAGACGUUUCCUCAUUUAUAGGUUAAAAACGAACUGAAAACAUCACAUAGUGGUUUUGUAUUUGUUUUUCUUUUUUUGUAUGGUUAUUUACAAUGUGUUUGUUUCAUUUUAUAGGUGAUAUUAUUUAUUCGCUGCAUCAGUUGGCCUUUAGAUGACCUUUAAAAAUUAUAUAUUCCAACAUGCAACAGUUAAGAUGUGUAAUUCGCGAUUAUGUUGUAAUUAUUGUAGCCAAAAUAGCUUAUCUCAAGGCCAUUAUUUAUGGUAACAUUGAACUGGAGUUUUUGCACAGCUCAGUGUAAUAUGACCGCUGACCGUUGCUAAUGCGUUGUUAAGGUGCAGAAAGUCCAUUAAGCUUUACGAUUUCUGAUUUUGUUAAUUGAUACACAAUUAAUUAUCGAAUUGAUAAAUAUAUGUUAGUUUUAUA